AUGGGAAACCGGAGGAGCUCCAUCAAGCCGGGAUUAAACACCAAGCGACCCCUUCUCGCUAAGCAAUGUGUGAGCCCCGCGCUGGCUCCAGCAGCGCAGCCCCGGCCCUGCAGGGCUGAGCAACCGCCAGCAGCACCUGCAGCUCGCACMGAACCACCGAGGCACAUCGCACACGGGCUUCUGCACGUGAACAGCCCGACCCUGAAUGAAAUCAGCGGCGCGGCGCCGGGCCCGCCGCUGAAGGUGCUGGCGGAGCAGCUGCGGCGGGCGGAGCGGGGCGCGGCCGGGACGUGGGAGCUGCGGAGGGCGGCCGCGGGCCGGGCGCCGCUGUCCCUGCGRACCGUGUGGAUGCAGGGCACGGUGCUGGAGGUGCAGCGAGGCGCCCGCGGCGGCUCGGCCCGGCUGCAGGACGGCAGCGGYGCCUUCACCGUGCUGGGCGUGGAGCAGGUGCCGCAGGGCAGGCCGUGCCUCAGUGCAGGGAAAUAUGUAAUGGUGAUGGGUGUGGUACGGUCCUGCAGUCCUGAGCCCGUUCUUCGAGCAAUAAAGAUGACAGAUCUCUCUGAAAAUCCCGUGCAUAAGAAUAUGUGGAACCUUGAAGUGGAGGAUUUGCAGAGAGUCAUCCCCUAAUACUUCUACUUUCCGUCUAAAAGAACUGGAAAUUUUCUUUCUGUUGCUUUUGGUGCAGAACAUUGGACUAUUCUGUGUAACAAUUCCUAGAGUAAACCAAAGUGAGAAAUUUGGCUCAGUUAAGUGUAGGGACCAGAGCUUAUUUGAUAAUAAUCUCAGUGUUCGUGUCUUCAGUGCCUUUUUGUACCAGUUUAUUUGAGAAACACCUGUUUGAUGUUUUGAGUAAGAUGUCCAUGCUAUUAAAAACGCUGUGUGUUUGUGUGUUAGCUGCUGUUUCUGGGAGCGGGUGUUGAGGCAGCUGUUCAUUCAGCAGGGUGUUUGUGGCAGCAAGGGCUGCACAGCCCAGUACCUGGCAUGAUGGCAAAACAUGUUUGAAUCUGUUCAGACUGUGGCUGGAAAUAUUUUCACCUGUGUUUUCUCUUCCAUUUAGACUGUGGUUGGAAAUAUCAUUUUCACCUGUGUUUUCUCUUUCAGUAAUCACCAUGUCUGUAAACUAUUUGUAAGCCAGGUGUCUCUUGGUAACCGUUAACAGUGUGUUGUACUUAAAAUACCUCUCUAGUUUCUGAAAUACUGAAAGUGGUAUGGUGAUGAGCCCUCCAUUCCAGUAAAGUGAAGUUACUGAAAAGAUGUGAUGCAGGAUUCGCUGGAAUAGGUUCUCCAGAUUCAAGAUGCAAAUGUUUUUAACUUCCAGAAACAAGUGUUCUGCUCCUAAGUGCCUUUUUUUGUUUGAAGGUUUUUMUUCCAAUGUAUGCUAUUUGUAGCUAUUUAAAUCACUCUAAAUUAUAUUUUAUUCUUGUCUUUCUUUCAUGGUUUUUUUUCAGAGAAAGAAGAACUGAAAUUAAACCAAGAAACCUUUGAAAAGUAGAAAUAUUUCUACUUUUUAUUUUCUGUCUUGUCUAAAGAGAAUUUGGAUCCUGGAGAAUGUAUUGCAUUAUCUGUGUGGAAUGACUUUGUGAUUGGGGACUGUAUUGUCCAGCAAUGGAGUUAUGUUAAUUAGGAACAUAUAGGAACAUUCAUAUAGGAAAGGAAGACAGUCUGAUUGAAUGCUCUGCAGUUUAAGAUGAGAAUCAAAUGGUGGUAAUUACAUUUUUAAAUCGUGGCAUUAGGUUUUCAAAACUUGUGGAAACUAAAUAAAUAGUGUCCUUUGAAGAAUUGAGGUUUUUGUGGACUAAGGACUGGAUUUCAGUGUACUAUUUUAGCCUUGAGUUUGRUAUUCCAAACCAGACCACAUCACAGGGAGUUGGAUAGUGGAAGUCCUGUGCUCUUGAGACCCUGCUGAUGAAAUGCCAAAACAUACAGAGAUAAAGAAUUUUUGCAGUCUGGRUUUGUUUAUUGUUUUAAUUACAGAAAAAAAAACCCACUUGUGGAGUGCUGUAGCCUUUCAGAAAUAAUCCAUGUGAUCAGCAUAUUGGCUGGCAACUGGUUCAUAUUAAAAAUUGUUUUCCUAGGAAUUGAAAGCAAAAGACACAUGUAGCCAGGGUCAGUGUUGUACUAAACAAAAGACUGCUUGGAGAUGUCUUUGACUCACAGCUCAGCUGUGCUUCAUACUAUGAGAGGCUGAUGCUGCUUAUUGGUGGCAGUGAAGGGCCUUGUCUCUGGAUUUCCAUAGUUUGGCAUUGUAGGGCUCUGCUGGGUACUGGGAAUUCUCCUUUUUUUUUCACCUUAACUUGUGUCUCACUUUCUACCCGAGUAGAACAUGGGUUUAUGAGUUUUGUUGUUGURCAGCAGAGCACGUACCCGACAAGUUACAGGAUAAGUGUCUUCUCUAUCCCUGCGUGGAGGAGGAGGUUAAAGCUGGGCUCUUUGUACCACUGUUUAAGGGGUUAAGUUGAUGUGGUAUGCAGAAAUUCUAUGAGCUUUGUAGAUCAGGGGGUUCUGUAUGGAGUUCUGCUCAAGAGUUGUAAGCACUGAAAACACUUGGAAGAACAAAUGAACCUGUCCACGCUCUGCAAAGACAGCUGGUGUGGGCAGGUGUGUUCAGAGUACUCUCACAGCAGCACUACUGGCAGAAAUUCCUGUGUGGUGGUAAAACCAUGAGGUAUACAAUGGAUUUGAUGUGUUUGCCAUGUGACAGCAUAGCUUAUGUACUUCAUUAYCUGCAUCUGAGGCAUGAACAUUUUGGAUUACUUAAGUCAAGGUGUUCAGUAAUGUGUAGCAUUGUCAGUAAUCUACUAAAAGUUUAGUCAUGGUAAAGCCAGGGCUAGUGCAGAGGAAAAAGGCCAGUUUUGAAAUACUGAGGCUGAAGGAUUGACCUGGUAAUGCUUCAAUCAAACCCUUCCAAUGUGAUUCUUUUCCGGGGCUUCACAUCCUGGAGAAAUCAGCAAGGUCUCUCAGUUGRCCUGAGGGAUCUUUUGUGCUGAGCUGACACCCUGCACUGCAUCCCCRUCUGUCACUUCCUUGUCUUGUGUUUGCUGAUAGGAGCUGCCUUAGGAUGGAGCUGCUGUGUCCCGUUAGGUAGAGGAUAAUGUUUUAGCUCCAUUUUUAAAUUCCCAAGAUGAGACAUUACCAUGCAGUAAAUUAAACAUACUUAACGAUGGUUUGGGUGGAUGCUUUUAUUGCUUCAUGAAGGUUUUGCACAGUUCAAAGACCUCUUGGCCUGUGAUACUGCWGUGUUUAUGGGAAGGUAUUUGGUGAUCAGGUGUGACAGCACUUGCCUUUGCACUAACAGCAGCAGGCUGGCAUGGAGCAAAGGCACAGCUGCCAGUGCAGAACAUGAAGACUUUAUUCAUGACAGCUAUAAAUCAGUGCUAAACUCAAAUUAUGAACUGCAUGUGGAAAAAUGAAGUGUGGAGUUSGUUUGGGKUUUUUUCUUUUCCUUUUUUYCCUACCUUCUUCUCCAUGGUGGCUCUGUUAGCCCUGCUCAGUGUAAGUGAUGUCUAAUUCAUAYACUCGUGYGGGCAGGUGCUCUGGGUUAGUGGGGUGUCCAGACCAGCCCAUGGGGUCAGCAGAUGUCUGGGUUGGCCCAUGGCCCCAGGGCAGGAGUGAGGCCAGGUCUGGCUCCUGCUGAGCUUCAGGACUUGAGGUGUGUCUGGGGGCCUGUCUGAGUUCCUGAGUCUCUCAUGAGUAUCUAGACAGGAACUGCAGACAGAUGGAACCUGGGAACAGCUCAGAGAUAUCGAGCAACUGGGCUGAGUGAAGCGGCUGGAGUGUAAAAUGAUUAUUGGUAGUUCAAUGGCCUCUUUAUCACCAGUGAUAAGUUAUAUGCAGCUUUAGGAGACCUGGUGUCUGCGUCCAGGUCAGUUUUGCUUUCUGCAGUUAGGGUGUAGUUAAACUCCUGUAUUUGUGUAUUGCUGACUGAGCUCUUCUCAGUCUUUUCUUGGGCUUGCUGACRUUUUACUUGAAACUCUCACCUCAGGACUUUUUCAGAGGUAUUUGGUGUGCUGAGCUGGGGACUGAAGUGACAUUCUGUGACUGGGGAGAAAAUUAUGUGGGUUUUUUAAUCAGUAACUGGUAUACAUAUUCUUUAACUUCCAGAAAUAUUUCAUACAAUUUUGGCUUCAUUACAGGUGUCCCGGUAUGAAAUUACUGAGGAAGACUUAAUUUCUAGUGUUUUAUACAGCACCAACUGAUGUGUGUGAGUAUCCUAAAAAAUUGCAGGAUUUUUUCCCUGACUAGUGUAGGAAUCAUGUUUUACUUGGGAUUUGUAUCAUUCUAGAAGGUAAGUGUUCAGAAAGCGAUUGCAGCCAAAAGCUGCAUGAGAUAAGAGAGCAGCUGCUGGGUGAGACAUUCAAACCCAGCCAGUUCCAACUCUAGGUCAGUACAACUUCAUUAUUACAAAUAAUCAAUGAAAAUGUACUCCAGCAUGAGAAUAGGCAGGCAAAUGUUUUAUUAGCAUGAUGUCAU